CGUACUGCGCAGACGCGCGGCGAAGCCGCGUCGGGGGUGGGGUUGAGAUGAGCGUGCUGCUCCCCAACAUGGCGGAUUUCGACACGAUCUAUGAGCUGGAGGAGGAGGAGGAAGAAGAAGAAGAAGACGAGGAGGAGGAGGAGUCGUCCGAGCCUGAGCCCGUGGUGCGGAGCCAGGAGCUGCCGCGGCCCCGCGACGCGCCGGAUCCCGUGGUGGUGCGGGGCGCCGGGCACAUCACCGUGUUUGGCUUGAGCAACAAGUUUGAUACAGAAUUUCCCUCUGUUCUGACAGGGAAGGUUGCCCCAGAAGAAUUCAAGACCAGCAUCAGUCGUGUGAAUACCUGUUUAAGAAAGAAUCUUCCUGUCAAUGUAAAAUGGCUGAUUUGUGGCUGUCUGUGCUGCUGCUGCACACUGGGCUGUAGCCUGUGGCCUGUAGUGUGUCUUAACAAAAGAACUAGAAGAUCAAUUCAGAAGUUAUUAGAAUGGGAAAAUAACAGACUAUAUCAUAAGCUUGGUUUGCACUGGAAGCUGAGUAAAAGGAAAUGCGAAACUAGCAAUAUGAUGGAAUAUGUAAUAUUAAUAGAGUUCUUACCAAAAUAUCCCAUAUUUCGACCUGACUGAGGAACUGCAUUUGGUCUUUCAUGUUACCUGUCAUUUUCUACCCUUAGUGCCUUGUAGAUGAUUUUGGAAAGAAGAUGGUCUACUUUGCUGUGAUUUAAAAGAUGUUCUUCAGUAGAGUAUCUUCCUUGCGAUGUUAUUUUUUGUUUGACAACAAUUUGCACAUUUUUUUAAAUGUUAAAUGAGGCUUCUGUGUUGCACUCUGAAUUUUUAACAUUAACAAAAACUGAUAUCGUUGCCACUAGGAAUCUGACAUCAGUGCUGCUUAAACUCGUUCUGAGCAUGCUGCCUUAUUAAUUUCUACAUUUAGCAUAUAUCCUCAAACAUGCACCCUGAUGCUGUGUCAUACUGUAUUUCAUUCUAAACGUUGCAUUCCUAUAAGUCCUCAGUAGAAAUGUCCAGGUAAGCGUCUAGUAGUAAAGAUUUUAGUGUCACUUGCUUGCAUAGGACUUGCAAUUAACAGCACUGGUUUUGUCCUGCACUUUGCAAAAUCAUCAUUUACAUUAGGGGGUUAAUUCUUUUACCCACUAUAGAUUUGUAAAUAUUGACUCUUUGCAUAAUGUAAAGUGUGGUAUGCCAAGGUUUACAGAAUGUAAGAUAGCUCUUGUUCUAUUACCAACAGUUUGACAUAGUUUUAUUCAUUACAUUUGUUACCAUCCCUCUGAUUGUAUGGACGCAUUCACGUACUGUUUUUAUGGUAAAGCCAUAAUGAGUUUGUACAUACUGUCAGAUGUGUAGGGCUCAGUUGCACUUUUGUUUAGUAAAUGGAUGAAAAAUG